UUUAAUUUUUUUUGGCUUAUAAGAAAAAAAUACAACUUGAAAUUCGGAAUUACAUGUCCAAAUAAAACUUCAAUUUCAUCUCAUAUGAUUUUAUAUCAUGAUUUCUUCACUUGGACAAAUGAGCUCUAAGCAAUUAAUAUUUUAGGUAAAAUAGGAAAAAAAAAAAGUGUCCUUCCUUGAUAUGUCAAAAAUGACAAGCAAAAAUAAUAACUCAAUUAGAAAAUAAGUAACAAUUAAUUCUAAACGAAGACCUACAUCAUAGUCAACUUGUCAAAAAAAUAAAAGAAUUACAAUUAUUAGUCAUUUAUGCAUCUGCAAGAUACAACAUGACUGGUCAGCAAUUGCUUCAAAUAAUAGCAUUUAUUUUCUAUACGAACUUGUCCUGCUUGUGUACUCAUACUAAGUUGUUUAACCGGCGGCGGAAUUAGGAUUUUGAGUUUAUCGAUUCUACAUUUUAAAUAAAAAAUUUACUAGAAUUCUUGAUAAAUUAUUUAUUUAUAUUAAGUGAAUUUUACUUAGCUACCCCGAUGGCAGAGCCAAGGGUGUCAACCAACACCCAGUCUUCGGAAAAUUAUAAAUAUUACAUAUUGACAAUUCUUGACUUCUUCGUGAAUUUACUUCUUUUUAUUUUGACACUCUUUAGUGAAAAUUCUGGCUCCGUAGUGAGCUCUACCCCUAUGUGUAGCUUGCUAGCCUCCUCUAUAUAUUCUCAAGUGUUCAAUAGGCAAGAACACUACCAAAUUUGUUAUACUUCUGAAUUCAUAUAUGGAUUCAACAUUGUUCUCCUCCAAUCUUUUAGUAAAUUGUUGUAGUUCUCUUUUGUUCUUCAUUACAAGUUUGAUUUGUUUUUCUAUGGCAUUGUGUCAUGGCAAUGACAUAGACCAACAAGCACUACUUGCAUUCAAGGGAGAUAUAAAGGAUCCUUUUGGACAUUUGAAACCAUGGAAUGCAUCCACACACUUUUGUCAUUGGCCUGGUGUCACUUGUGGACGUAAACAUGUCAGAGUCAUUCAACUAAACGUUUCGAAUCAAAAUCUAGAUGGUUCCUUGUCACCUUUCAUUGGGAACAUGAGUUUCCUCAGGUCUUUAUACCUGUCCAACAAUACCUUCCGUGGUGAAAUCCCCUCGGAGAUUGGCCGUUUGAGAAGGCUACAACGAUUGUAUCUCGGUAACAACUCAUUUCAUGGAGAUAUUCCUUCAAAUUUAUCGAGGUGCUCAAAUCUUGUAUCGCUUGUCCUUGGAGGUAACAAGUUAGUUGGAAGCCUUCCUCCGGAGCUAGGCGCAUUGUCCAAACUCGAGUACUUUUUACUCACUCGAAACAACUUGACAGGUGAAAUCCCUUCUUCAUUUGGCAACUUAACAUCAUUGAGAGGAUUCUAUGCACCAUUGAAUGGUCUUCAGGGGAAAAUCCCUGACUCAUUUGGGAAACUGAAGAACUUAGAAAGUCUAGGAUUAGCUGCAAACCAUUUGACCGGCACUAUCCCUUCUGCAAUCUUCAACAUAUCUUCCAUCACGACAUUUGAUGUUGGAAUGAACCAAAUCCAAGGUACACUUCCUUCAAGUUUGGGAGUCACCCUCCCUAAUCUUGAAUUAUUUAUCAUCGGUGGGAACAACAUGUCUGGAUUGAUCCCACCUACAUUGUCCAAUUCAUCAAAGCUAGUGUAUUUUCUUGCUGGAGAUAAUAAACUUACAGGAAGUGUACCAAGUCUUGAGAACCUAAAUGAGCUUCAACAGUUAACUAUUCCAGCGAAUUAUCUUGGAACCGGAGAAUCAGAUGAUUUAAGCUUCAUAGCCUCUCUGACUAAUGCGUCUCGUUUCAGAAUCUUGGAGAUUGGGCUCAAUAAUUUUGGAGGGGUUCUGCCAGCAUCCUUCAGAAAUCUUUCAACUGAGCUUCAGGUUGUGAGUUUAUCAUACAAUAGAAUACGUGGUAACAUACCGGCUGAGAUUGGAAACUUCGUCAACGUGGAAGAAUUUCAGGUGAGGGAAAACUUACUUACUGGUAGUAUUCCAAUCAGUUUUGGUGAAGUUAACAAACUGCAGAUUCUGGAUUUGUCUAAGAAUAGAUUAUCAGGGAAUAUUCCGCCGUCUCUAGGAAAUCUUAGUGUAGUAUCCAUCAUCCUUCUUCACGAUAAUAAUCUUACCGGUGAGAUACCAGCAAGUUUAGGAAAUUGCAAUUACAUGAUUGAACUAUAUGUAGCUGAAAAUAACCUGUUAGGACAAAUACCCAAGGAACUUUUUGCUCUCUCUUCCUUAGUUGCUGUAGACAUUUCUAACAACCAUCUAGAUGGUUUCAUUCCUCUUGAAGUCGGAAACAUGAGAAAUCUUGAAUAUCUUAAUGUUUCCGUGAAUAACUUGACCGGUAAAAUCCCAAGUACCAUUGGUAGUUGUGUAAGACUUGAAGCCUUAGACAUGAAAGAGAACUUCUUUCAAGCGAGUAUUCCUCCUUCUUUCAGUUCGUUAAGAGGUCUCCAUGUCUUAGACCUUUCUAGGAAUAAUUUGUCUGGCCAAGUACCAAAGUACUUGGAGGAAUUCAAGUUUCAAUUCUUGAAUUUAUCGUUCAAUGAUUUCGAAGGAGUGUUACCAAAUGAAGGUGUCUUUAAGAAUGCAAGUGCAAUAUCUGUGAUUGGAAAUCCCAAACUUUGUGGGGGCGUGCCUAACAUACGUCUUCCGGGAUGUGACAUCAAAAGAUCAAAAAGGUUUGGUUCGAGGUUUAUCUUCAAGGUUGUGAUCUCCGUUGUUUUUGGUAUACUAGGACUUGGUAUACUAGUCACUUUACUAUUUUGUUUCUUGUUAAAGAAACCGAAAAGGGUGCCCGUUUCAAGUUCAAUUGGUGAGUCGCUCAUAAAUGUGUCUUACCAAAGUUUGCUUCAAGCUACUAAUGGAUUCUCUGAAGACAACUUGAUUGGUGCCGGUAGCUAUGGAUCUGUUUAUAAAGGAACUCUUGAUGGUGGAAUAGUUGUCGCGGUGAAAGUAUUAAACCUCUCGAGACAUGGAGCUACCAAAAGCUUUAUGGCUGAGUGUGAAGUAUUGAGAAACAUAAGACACAGGAAUUUGGUCAAGGUUCUCACAGCUUGUUCAGGAGUUGACUAUCGAGGGAACGAUUUCAAGGCUUUGGUUUACGGGUUUAUGGAAAAUGGCAGCCUUGAAGACUGGUUGCAUCCUGGUCCACUUGAUGAAGAUACAAGUCAGGGAGCUGAAACGAAAAAGUUGAAUCUCCUUCAAAGGCUCAACGUAGCUAUUGAUGUUGCUUCUGCAAUAGAUUAUCUUCAUCACCACUGCGAGACUCCAGUAGUUCACUGUGAUCUCAAGCCAAGCAACAUUCUUCUAGACAAUCGAUUAGUCGGGCACAUUGGUGAUUUUGGUUUGGCAAAGUUCCUUCAACCAACUGCACAAUAUUCUUCUAUUUCAGGAGGAAGCUCUAGUAUUGUCAGAGGAACUAUUGGUUACACUGCUCCAGAAUAUGGGAUGGGAAGCGAUCUAUCGACUUGUGGUGAUGUGUACAGCUUCGGGAUCCUCUUGCUAGAAAUGUUCACCGGAAAAAAGCCUACAGAUGGUAUGUUUAGGGAUGGCUUAGACCUUCCAAGUUUCGCUAAGCAUGCAUUGCUUAACGGAGCUGUUGAAGUCAUAGAUCCAUCCCUUAUUAAUGAAAGUAAUGAAGACAAGAAAGGUAAAGGCACAAGUAUCUACCAGAAUAAGGAGUAUCUGGUUUCUGUUAUUCGAGUUGGGGUUGCUUGUUCUGCAUAUUCUGGAACUGAAAGAAUGAACAUCACUGAAACUGUUUCUCAAUUGUACUCUAUCAAGGAAGCUCUUCUGAAAUCGGAAAAAAAUUCAGGAGCACGUUGAAAUAUCGUAACCCCACUCCAGUUAUUAAUUAACUGUCUUUGUUGUAGUUACCGGUGAAGUAUAACAAGUUUCUUGUCUUCAGUACUUAUGUCAUUCGUCACCUGAUUAAAUGAGGUUAGAAGUACAAAAUAUCUUGUAAUAAGUACUCCCUCCAUAUCAAUUUAAGUAUGUACUUUCAUUUUUAGUUCUGUUUAUCUUUGGUGACUUGUUUAAAACCACAAAAUUCAAAGAGCGUUUUGGUAAAUUGCACGUGUCUU